AUGGACACCAAAGGUAAGAAUUAAAUUGUUUCCAUCCUCUGUCGACUGUAACAUUGUGGGUUUAUUCAAAUGUGGUUGACAUUUUCUUAUCAGAAGUUAAUAAUAAUUACAAUACUUUUUGGACCAACGUGCUCCGAGUUUAGUCUAUUCAUGCAAGUGAUGGAAGUAAUCCUAACUGCUGUAGAUCCGUUCUGGAAUGUUUUACUGUAUAUUGCAGUUUACUACUAGAUGAUAUAUUGAUGGUAGGCUAGUUGCUACUAAUUGCGAAAACUGCUGCAGUUUUAUUGCCUGGCUACCCAAACUCCUUGCUCCGGCCAAACGCCAUGCCAAGCCCAUGGAAGCUAACGCUGGCUACCCAAACUCCUUGCUCCGGCCAAACGCCAUGCCAAGCCCAUGGAAGCUAACGCUGGCUACCCAAACUCCUUGCUCCGGCCAAACGCCAUGCCAAGCCCAUGGAAGCUAACGCUGGCUACCCAAACUCCUUGCUCCGGCCAAACGCCAUGCCAAGCCCAUGGAAGCUAACGCUGGCUACCCAAACUCCUUGCUCCGGCCAAACGCCAUGCCAAGCCCAUGGAAGCUAACGCUGGCUACCCAAACUCCUUGCUCCGGCCAAACGCCAUGCCAAGCCCAUGGAAGCUAACGCUGGCUACCCAAACUCCUUGCUCCGGCCAAACGCCAUGCCAAGCCCAUGGAAGCUAACGCUGGCUACCCAAACUCCUUGCUCCGGCCAAACGCCAUGCCAAGCCCAUGGAAGCUAACGCUGGCUACCCAAAACUCCUUGCUCCGGCCAAACGCCAUGCCAAGCCCAUGGAAGCUAACGCUGGCUACCCAAACUCCUUGCUCCGGCCAAACGCCACAUGCCAAGCCCAUGGAAGCUAACGCUGGCUACCCAAACUCCUUGCUCGGCCAAACGCCAUGCCAAGCCCAUGGAAGCUAACGCUGGCUACCCAAACUGGCAACUCCUUGGCCCCAAUCCUGGCCAAACGCCAUGCCAAGCCCAUGGAAGCUAACGCUGGCUACCCAAACUCCUUGCUCCGGCCAAACGCCAUGCCAAGCCCAUGGAAGCUAACGCUGGCUACCCAAACUCCUUGCUCCGGCCAAACGCCAUGCCAAGCCCAUGGAAGCUAACGCUGGCUACCCAAACUCCUUGCUCCGGCCAAACGCCAUGCCAAGCCCAUGGAAGCUAACGCUGGCUACCCAAACUCCUUGCUCCGGCCAAACGCCAUGCCAAGCCCAUGGAAGCUAACGCUGGCUACCCAAACUCCUUGCUCCGGCCAAACGCCAUGCCAAGCCCAUGGAAGCUAACGCUGGCUACCCAAACUCCUUGCUCCGGCCAAACGCCAUGCCAAGCCCAUGGAAGCUAACGCUGGCUACCCAAACUCCUUGCUCCGGCCAAACGCCAUGCCAAGCCCAUGGAAGCUAACGACAGAGCAGCAGAAUAAUUCCGUUUGAGUCAUCAGGCAGUUAUAGUGAUGUAUAAAUGAUUAUAACCUGUGAGAAGUAGUUGUGAUUGUUGUUAUUUCCGGUUUAUAUUGCUUUUAGGUCUUUGUUGUUGUGGGGGUAGUAUAUGGCAGUAAUUGACAUGACAAACAUUUUAAUUGAGUUGACAUUCAUUACAAAAAAAGUGAUUGAUUUCUACAAUAUUUUGUUCCAGUGAUUUUGAGUUAUGCUAUAGUAACACUACAGUAGCAAACUCAGGUUACCACACCCUCUGCUCUACAAUAGCUUUAAAAUAGAAUAGCAUAGAAUGGCAUAGCAUAGAAUAGAAUAGAAUAACAUAGAAUAGAAUAGCAUAGACUAGCAUAGAAUAACAUAGAAUAGCAUAGCAUAGACUAGCAUAGAAUAACAUAGCAUAGCAUAGCAUAGAAUAGCAUAGAAUAGCAUAGAAUAACAUAGCAUAGAAUAGCAUAGCAUAGAAUAACAUAGCAUAGCAAUAGCAUAAAUAUAUAGAAUAAACAUAUCAUAAACAUAGCAUAAUUGAAUAGCAUAGAAUGAAUACAUAGAUAUAGCAUAGCUAGAUAGAAUAACAUAGAAUAAAUAGAAUAGAAUAGAAUACAUAGAAAUAGAUAAUAGCAUAGAAUAGAAAUAGAAUAACACAUAGAAUAAAUAAUAGCAUAGAAUAGAUAGAAUAGCAUAGCAUAGAAUAAAUAGCAUAGAAUAGAUUAACAUAGCAUAGAAUAGCAUAGCAUAGAAUAAUAACAUAGCAUAGAAUAGAAUAGCAUAGAAUAGAUAGCAUAGAAUUGAAUAGCAUAGAAUAGAAUAGCAUAGAAUAUAGCAUAGCAUAGAAUAGAAUAGCAUAGAAUAGAAUAACAUAGAAUAUAAUAGAUAGCAUAGAAUAGAAUAGAAUAGCAUAGAAUAGAAUAACAUAGCAUAGAAUAGCAUAGCAUAGUAUAGAAUAGCAUAGCAUAGAUAGCAUAGCAUAGCAUAGAAUAUAAUAUAAUAUAAUAAUAGCAUAGAAUAGCAUAGCUUGGAAUAGCAUAGCAUAGCAUAGAAUAGCAUAGAAUAGAAUAACAUAGCAUAGAAUGGCAUAGCAUAUAAUAGCAUAGCAUAGCAUAGAAUAGAAUAGAAUAACAUAGCAUAGAAUAGCAUAGCAUGGAAUAGCAUAGCAUAGCAUAUAAUAGCAUAGACUAGAAUAACAUAGCAUAGAAUAGCAUAGCAUGGAAUAGCAUAGCAUAGAAUAGCAUAGCAUAGAAUAAUAGAAUAGAAUAGCAUAGAAUAUAAUAUAAUAACAUAGCAUAGAAUAGCAUAGCAUAGCAUAGCAUAUAAUAGCAUAGCAUAGAAUAGAAUAACAUAGCAUAGCAUGGAAUAGCAUAGCAUAGCAUAGAAUAGCAUAGCAUGGAAUAGAAUAGCAUAGAAUAGAAUGGCAAUUCCUAGCAAAAUAACACACAGACUGGGCACGUAAAACAAAUAUACAAAUACAGUAUGUUGUUGCUGCUGUUGUUGUUGUUGUGUAUUUGUCCAGCAGUUUGCUUUAGUUCUUCUCUCCACUCUGAGUAAAGAGGAGUACGAUGACUGAGUUCUGGAAGGAGCACAGCCGCCAGGCCACGGUUGAGGAGAUGAUGUUGGACUCUCAUGCCCAGGAGCUGACCCAGCACGAGCUGCCUGAGAUCCUCUCCCUGCUGCCCAGCCUGCCCGGCCAAAGGCUCCUGGAGCUGGGCGCUGGCAUCGGGUCAGUGGGUCUAUUGAACUGUAUCCAUAAAGCAACUGACCAGAGAGACCAUGCAUGCAUGUACUGUGUCGUGAUCUCUGUAGAGCCAUGAGGAUUAACUGACCAUGUGACCUGACAGGGAAAAUCUCCCUGGCCCUGGGCUAUGAUGGGGACCUGUGUUUUUCCUGGUCAGGUGAUGUGGACUCUUGUCGGCAGUUGACAGUUGGCAGUUGACCCUCGCUGUCUGAUGUGGAGGUGUUUGUUUGUUUGUGUGUUUGGUCUCUUCCAGGAGAUACACCAGCCACCUGUUGACCCAGGCCAGUCACGUGACAGCGGUGGACUUCAUGGAGAGCUUUGUGGAGAAGAACAGACAGGACAACAGUCACCAUGGCAACGCCUCCUUCCUCCAGGCAGACGUCACCAAGCUGGACUUCCCCAAAAACAGGUCUGCUGUUUGAUACGAUGUGUAUAAUAUAAUAUGAUAAUAAUAUAUUAUAAAACAGGUUUGAAUAAGGUUGCAAAGCUACAGGUGGUUUACCACUGUUACCAGAAUCUUCUGUAAUUUUGGUAAUGAACAGGUAAUCUAUGGCAAUUUGGAAAAGUGUAUUAAUAUAUAGUAUACAUUUUUUAUAUCUGUGUCCAUAUUGUCCAUGAGUUUCUAGUAGAUAGACAAUAUGGUACAAGAGAAAAUAGCCUAAUUAAUGAAAAAAGUAUCUAAUCAACAAUGGCAUUCAUUUCAAUUAACUCUGUAAAUCUUCCUACUGUUGACUUGUUUCAGAACCUGCCACCAGUUUGGCCCCAAAACAUUGACAACAAAGACAUAGUGACAUAGUAAAAUAAAUACAAGAGUGUGAAAAAAAUAUAUACAGGAUAUUGAAACCCUCAUAUUAAACACCAAUGGUAUUCGAUAAUUUUAUGGUUUAUAUUUAGGAUAAUGUUUUACAGCUUUGACAUACUAUUGUUUAUUUUAAAAUCGUCUUUAUAUUUUCCAUGUGAUUAAGGCCACACAGAGGGCCAGAUAUAAUUACAUAACACCUGUGAUAAUCUGAAGUACCCAAAAAGGCCACUAGAUUACAUCUUCUAAAAUUCCAUAUAUUUCUUGAAAGAUACCAAAAUUCUGGUAGUGUACUGAUAAACUUUGUCACCCUAGGUCUGCAUCUCUGUAUAAAAGUUCUCUGUUGGGAUGUUGGGUGUUUUGUUCACAUAAAGCUAUUAACAUUGCGACUUUGGAUUGAUAAAGCGUAGUGAAACAUGGUCAAAAUCUUUUACAAUGUUUUUUUUUUUUUUUUUUUACACUGGUUUGACGAGAUGUCUCACCUUAGCUUUGGUGACAGGGUUGUGUUGGUUCUACCAGUGUGUUUUUGUUUUUUAUACCAGUGGGUUGGUGAUUGUAUACCAGUGUUGGUGUGGUAUGCCAGUGGGUUGGUGUGGUAUGCCAGUGGGUUGGUGUUGGUAUCCCAGGGGUUGGUGUGGUAUGCCAGUGGAUUGGUGUUGGUAUGCCAGUGGGUUGGUGUGGUAUACCAGUGGGUUGGUGUUGGUAUGCCAGUGGGUUGGUGUUGGUAUGCCAGUGGGUUGGUGUUGGUAUACCAGUGGUUUGGGUUUGGAUUGGUGUUGGUAUACCAUGGGUUGUGUUGGUAUCCAGUGGUUGGUGUUGGUAUGCCAGUGGGUUGGUGUUGUAUACCGUUUGGUUGGUGUUGGUAUACCAGUGGGUUGGUGUGGUAUACCAGGGGUUGGUGUUGGUAUACCAGGGGUUGGUGUUGGUAUACCAGUGGGUUGGGUUGGUAUACAGUGGGUUGGUGUUGGUAUACCAGGGUUUGUGUUGGUUACAGGGGUUGUGUUGGUAUACCGUGGGUUGGGUUGAUCCAUGGGUUGGUGUUGGUAUACCAGGGGUGGUGUUGGUAUACCAUGGUUGGUGUUGGUAUCCAGUGGGUUGUUUGGUUACCAGUGGGUGGUGUUGUAUCAGUGGUGGUGUUGGUAACAGUGGGUGGUGUUGGUAUCCAGUGGGUUGGUGUGGUAUCCAGUGGUUGGUGUUGGUAUCAGUGGGUUGGUGUUGGUAUCAGUGGGUUGUUUGGAUACAGUGGGUGUGUGGUUACCAGUGGGUUGGUGUUGUAUCAGUGGGUUGGUGUGUAUACCAGUGGUUGGUGUUGGUAUACCAGGGGUUGUUUGGUAUACCAGGGGUUGUGUUGUAUACCAGUGGGUUGUGUUGGUAACCAGUGGGUUGGUGUUGGUAUACCAGUGGGUUGGUGUGGAUACCAGUGGGUUGGUGUUGGUAUAAGUGGUUUGGUGUUGGUAUCCAGUGGGUUGGUGUUGGUAUACCAGUGGGUUGGUUGGUAUACAGUGGGUUGGUGUUGGUAUACAGUGGGUGGUGUUGUAUACCAGGGGUGGUGUUGGUAUACCAGUGGUUGGUGUUGGUAUCAGUGGGUUGGUGUUGGUAUACAGUGGGUUUGUUGGUAUACAGUGGGUUGGUGUUGGUUACCAGUGGGUUGGUGUUGGUAUCCAGUGGGUUGGUGUUGGUAUACCAGUGGGUUGGUGUUGGUAUACAAGUGGGUUGGGUUGGUAUCCAGUGGGUUGGGUUGGUAUACCAGUGGGUUGGUGUUGGUAUACCAGUGGGUUGGUGUUGGUAUACCAGUGGGUUGGUGUUGGUAUACAGUGGGUUGGUGUUGGUAUACAGUGGGUUGGUGUUGGUAUACCAGUGGGUUGGUGUUGGUAUACCAGUGGGUUGGUGUUGGUAUACCAGUGGGUUGGUUGUUGGUAUACAGUGGGUUGGUGUGGUAUACCAGUGGUUGUGUUGGUAUACCAGUGGGUUGGUGUUGGUUAUACCAGUGGGUUGGUGUUGGAUACCAGUGGGUUGGUGUUGGUAUACCAGUGGGUUGGUGUUGGUAUACCAGUGGGUUGGUGUUGGUAUACCAGUGGGUUGGUGUUGGUAUCCAGUGGGUUGGUGUUGGUAUACCAGUGGUUGGUGUUGGUAUCCAGUGGGUUGGUGUUGGUAUACCAGUGGGUUGGUGUUGGUAUACCAGUGGGGUUGGUGUUGGUAUCCAGUGGGUUGGUGUUGGUAUACCAGUGGGUUGGUGUUGGUAUACCAGUGGGUUGGUGUUGGUAUACAGUGGGUUGGUGUUGGUAACCAGUGGGUUGGUGUUGGUAUACCAGUGGGUUGGUGUUGGUAUCCAGUGGGUUGGUGUUGGUAUACCAGUGGGUUGGUGUUGGUAUACCAGUGGUUGGUGUUGGUAUACCAGUGGGUUGGUGUUGGUAUACCAGUGGGUUGGUGUGGUAUACCAGUGGGUUGGUGUUGGUAUCCAGUGGGUUGGUGUUGGUAUACCAGUGGGUUGGUGUUGGUAUACCAGUGGGUUGGUGUUGGUAUGCCAGUGGGUUGGUGUGGUAUACCAGUGGGUUGGUGUUGGUAUACCAGUGGGUUGGUGUUGGUAUACCAGUGGGUUGAUGUUGGUAUACCAGUGGGUUUGGUGUUGGUAUACCAGUGGGUUGGUGUUGGUAUACCAGUGGGUUGGUGUUGGUAUACCAGUGGGUUGGUGUUGGUAUACCAGUGGGUUGGUGUUGGUAUACCAGUGGGUUGGUGUUGGUAUACCAGUGGGUUGGUGUUGGUAUACCAGUGGGUUGGUGUUGGUAUACCAGUGGGUUUGGGUUGUUGGUAUACCAGUGGGUUGGUGUGGUAUACCAGUGGGUUGGUGUUGGUAUGCCAGUGGUUGGUGUUGGUAUACCAGUGGGUUGGUGUUGGUAUACCAGUGGGUUGGUGUUGGUAUGCCAGUGGGUUGGUGUUGGUAUACCAGUGGGUUGGUGUUGGUAUACCAGUGGGUUGGUGUUGGUAUACCAGUGGGUUGGUGUUGGUAUACAGUGGGUUGGUGUUGGUUAUACCAGUGGGUGGUGGUAUGUGUGUUGGAUACCAGUGGGUUGUGUUGGUUUGGUGUGUGGUACAGUGGGUUGGUGUUGGUAUGCCAGUGGGUUGGUGUUGGUAUGCCAGUGGGUGGUGUUGGUAUCCAGGGGUUGGUGUUGGUAUCCGUGGGUGGUGUGGUAUGCAGUGGGUUGGUGUUGGUAUCCAGUGGGUUGGUGUUGGUAUGCCAGUGGGUUUGUGUUGGUAUACCAGUGGGUUGGUGUUGGUAUGCCAGUGGGUUGGUGUUGGUAUGCCAGUGGGUUGGUGUUGGUAUGCCAGUGGGUUGGUGUUGGUAUGCCAGUGGGUUGGUGUUGGUAUGCCAGUGGGUUGGUGUUGGUAUACCAGUGGGUUGGUGUUGGUAUGCCAGUGGGUUGGUGUUGGUAUACCAGUGGGUUGGUGUUGGUAUACCAGUGGGUUGGUGUUGGUAUACCAGUGGGUUGGUGUUGGUAUGCCAGUGGGUUGGUGUUUGGAUACCAGUGGGUUGGGUGUUGGUAUACCAGUGGGUUGGUGUUGGUAUACCAGUGGGUUGGUGUUGGUAUACCAGUGGGUUGGUGUUGGUAUCCAGUGGGUUGGUGUUGGUAUACCAGUGGGUUGGUGUUGGUAUACCAGUGGGUUGGGUGUUGGUAUGCCAGUGGGUUGGUGUUGGUAUACCAGUGGGUUGGUGUUGGUAUACCAGUGGGUUGGUGUUGGUAGGCCAGUGGGUUGGUGUUGGUAUACCAGUGGGUUGGUGUUGGUAUACCAGUGGGUUGGUGUUGGUAUGCCAGUGGGUUGGUGUUGGUAUACCAGUGGGUUGGUGUUGGUAUACCAGUGGGUUGGUGUUGGUAUACCAGUGGGUUGGUGUUGGUAUCAGUGGGUUGGUGUUGGUAUGCCAGUGGGUUGGUGUUGGUAUGCCAGUGGGUUGGUGUUGGUAUACCAGUGGGUUGGUGUUGGUAUACCAGUGGGUUGGUGUUGGUAUACCAGUGGGUUGGUGUUGGUAUGCCAGUGGGUUGGUGUUGGUAUACCAGUGGGUUGGUGUUGGUAUACCAGUGGGUUGGUGUUGGUAUCCAGUGGGUUGGGUGUUGGUGGUAUACCAGUGGGUUGGUGUUGGUAUAACCAGUGGGUUGGUGUUGGUAUACCAGUGGGUUGGUGUUGGUAUGCCAGUGGGUUGGUGUUGGUAUACCAGUGGGUUGGUGCUGGUAUACCAGUGGGUUGGUGUUGGUAUACCAGUGGGUUGGUGUUGGUAUGCCAGUGGGUUGGUGUUGGUAUACCAGUUUGGGUUUUUCCGGUUGUGGUAUACCAGUGGGUUGGUGUGUGGUAUACCAGUGGGUUGGUGUUGGUAUGCCAGUGGGUUGGUGUUGGUAUACCAGUGGGUUGGUGUGGUAUACAGUGGGUUGGUGUUGGUAUACAGUGGGUUGGUUUGUUGGUAUGCCAGUGGGUUGGUGUUGGUAUACCAGUGGGUUGGUGUUGGUAUACCAGUGGGUUGUCGUGUGUGUUGGUAUGACCAGUGGGUUGGUGUUGGUAUGCCAGUGGGUUGGUGUUGGUAUACCAGUGGGUUGGUUGUUUGGUAUACCAGUGGUUUGGUGUUGGUAUACCAGUGGGUUGGUGUUGGUAUGCCAGUGGGUUGGUGUGGUAUACCAGUGGGUUGGUGUUGGUAUGCCAGUGGGUUGGUGUUGGUAAGCAGUGGUUGGUGUUGGUAUACCAGUGGGUUGGUGUUGGUAUACCAGUGGGUUGGUGUUGGUAUACCAGUGGGUUGGUGUUGGUAAACCAGUGGGUUGGUGUUGGUAUACCAGUGGGUUGGUGUUGGGUAUGCCAGUGGGUUGGGUGUUGGUAUGCCAGUGGGUUGGUUGUGGUAUACCAGUGGGUUGGUGUUGGUAUACCAGUGGGUUGGUGUUGGUAUACCAGUGGGGUUGGUGUUGGUAUACCAGUGGGUUGGUGUUGGUAUACCAGUGGGUUGGUUGUUGGUAUGCCAGUGGGUUGGUGUUGGUAUACCAGUGGUUGGUGUUGGUAUACCAGUGGGUUGGUGUUGGUAUACCAGUGGAUUGGUGUUGGUAUACCAGUGGGUUGGUGUUGGUAUACAGUGGGUUGGUGUUGGUAUACCAGUGUUUGGUUUUGGUAUGCCAGUGGGUUGGUGUUGGUAUACCAGUGGGUUGGUGUUGGUAUACCAGUGGGUUGGUGGUGUGGUAUACCAGUGGGUUGGUUGUUGGUAUGCCAGUGGGUUGGUGUUGGUAACCAGUGGGUUGGUUGGUAUACCAGUGGGUUGGUGUUGGUAUACCAGUGGGUUGGUGUUGGUAUACCAGUGGGUUGGUGUUGGUAUACCAGUGGGUUGGUGUUGGUAUACCAGUGGGUGGUGUUGGUAUACCAGUGGGUGGUGUUGGUAUACCAGUGGGUUGGUGUUGGUAUACCAGUGGGUUGGUGUUGGUAUCCAGUGGGUUGGUGUUGGUAUACCAGUUGGGUUGGGUGUUGGUAUACCAUUGUUGGUGUUGGUAUACCAGUGGGUUGGUGUUGGUAUACCAGUGGGUUGGUGUUGGGUAUACCACUAUUUCAACACUCUUAAUAAGGUCAGGCCAGGCCAUAUUUUGGAGACUCUCAACUACUCAAUUAAUCUCUUUGAACUGAACACACUAAUAUGAGGUAACACUUUUUCUCCGUCCCAAAUAGCACCCUAUUUCCCUACAUAGUACACUACUGUUGACCAUAGGGAGCCUAUAUCUCUGCCCAUAGGGCUCUGGUCAAAAGUAGUGUGCUAUGUAGGGAACAGGGUGCCAUAGCGCUCUGAUCAAAUGUAGUGCACUAUGUAGAGAACAGGGUGCCAUAGAGCUCUGGGGUAAAGUAGUGCACUAUGUAGGGAACAGGGUGCCAUAGAGCUCUGGUCUAAAGUAGUGUACUAUGUAGGGAACAGGGUGCCAUAGGGCUCUGGUCAAAUGCAGUGCACUAUGUAGGGAACAGGGUGCCAUAGGGCUCUUGUCAAAAGUAGUGCACUAUGUAGGGAACAGGGUGCCAUAGAGCUCUGGUCUAAAGUAGUGCACUAUGUAGGGAAUAGGGUGCCAUUUGGGACGGAGCCUUUGCCUAAAGCCGAUAGGUAUAAUGCAUUACUACUUGUUCUAAACUUUUGUUUGCCUUUUAUAGCGUCCUAUUAUCAGGCUUAUGAUGUUAUUCUGAUGUGUAUCCCCCCAUCAGUUUCGACAUCAUCUUCUCCAACUGGCUCCUGAUGUAUCUGAGUGACGAGGAGCUGAGGUCACUAACAGAGAGGAUGCUGGGAUGGCUCCGCCCCGGAGGAUACCUGUUCUUUAGGGAGUCCUGCCACCACCAAUCAGGUACAAGUUUUAAUAUCACCUGAAUAUCUAUUGUCACUCUUCCAGUCUAAUGAAUCCCUAGACCCUACUAAGAGGUUCCAGUCUAUUGAUUCCUAUUUGACCUUUAACCCCACACAAUACAUCUCUCUAUCUCCUUCUCUCUCUCUCUCUCUCUUCUCUCUCUCUCUCUCUCUCUCUCCUCUCUCUCUCUCUCUCUCUCUCUGUCCAGGUGACCGUAAGAGGACCUUUAACCCCACACACUACAGAUCGUCGGCCCACUACAGUCAGUUGAUGACAACAACACUGUGGGAGGAGUCAGAGGGGGCGGAGAAGCAGGUGUUUGGCUUUGACAUCGUGCUCAAUAAAACCGUGCAGACAUACAUCAAGGUAGGUUGCUUUAUUGCUACUGAUUGUGUUAUGUCUCAAUUAAUAUAAUGUGUGUAAAUACAUUUUAAUGGCCCUGUCAGGCUUUUUGCUGUAGCCUACUGUGUGUGUGUGUGUGUAUGGCAUAUUACUCCCCCUAUAUAUUCAUGUCUCUUCCCCUCCUCAGAUGAAGAACAACCAGAACCAGGUGUGUUGGCUACUGGAGAAGGUGGGUCGGGACACUUCCUGUCAGGAGGGCUUCAGAACCUUCCAGCAGUUCCUGGACAACCAGCAGUACACACGCAACGGCAUCCUGCGAUACGAGAAGAUGUUUGGGACAGGAUACGUCAGCACUGGGGGACCCAGCACAACCAAGGUGGGUUUGAGUUUUGGGAGUCCUGCACACAUACACACACAAAGCCAACAUAGGUUUGGGACAUCAAGACCCAGAGCAGAAAUAUUUUUUUUUCUCCUAUGGACAGAUGGACAUAUGAACCACGACAGUUGAAUAAAAAUGACUGAAACAUGAAAGGACAACAUACUGGAGAGGUUAUGUAGUUACUGUUUGGACAGGGUUACACAGACUGCUGAAACAUGAGAGAGAGGUUAUGUAGUUACUGUUUGGACAGGGUUACACAGACUGCUGAAACAUGAGAGAGGGUUAUGUAGUUACUGUUUAGAAAAGGGGUUUACACAGGGACUGCUGAAACAUGAGAGAGAGGUUAUGUAGUUACUGUUUAGACGGUUACACAGACUGCUGAAACAUGAGAGAGAGGGGUUUUUGUAGUUACGUUUUGGGCAAAGGGGUUUCACAGAUGCGAAAAAAUGAGAGAGAGGUUUUUUAUGGGGGAGAUUACUGUUUUUUUUUUUUUUUUUUUUUGGACAGGGUUACACAGACUGCUGA